ACAUAAAUCGAGGCAGACUGGUUGUUCUGGUGCUGUUUACCAACUUCUUUUUGCAAGCUGAACAGUUGCAGGAAAGUUAAGAGCAAUGCAAGGUGCAAACUAGUCAGCGACAAGUAUGUGGAAGAACACCGGAUGGUAGUUACGCUGGAGAUUUCUGACAUGGGCUUAAGAACUUAGAUCCUGACAAACUGGAAUGUGCUGUUUCUUGUUCCUUCUCUGGCAUUUUUAAUAAGCAACUACUGAAAUUCGUAUUGAAAUAUACAGAAAAAAAAGCAGCUGUGACACUGGUCUGAUAUACAUAAACGAAGUUCAUCUUAAGUUUCUUCAACUUCUAUUAAACCAUGGCUAAUAGAGACAGGAUUGAUACAGAACUCAAGGAUCUGGAAGAGGAUCAACUAUGGGAACUUGUAGAUCGCCAUCGCUAUGAGAUUGUCAACCAGUUACAUGCUUGUCGGCUCACUCCAUACCUCCGUCAAGUCAAAGUCCUAGAUCAGACUGAUGAAGAGGAGAUCCUGCAUAAUCCCCUACUGACCAAUCGUCUUAUGAAAGCAGGUCGUCUAUUGGACCUUCUAAAAACUCGAGGGCAGAAGGGAGCCCUAGCUUUCCUGGAGAGUCUGAAGCUACACAAGCCUGAGAUUUAUACAAUGAUUACUGGGAAGGAGCCAUCCAUCGGUGCAUCCAGCUUUAGUGAUCUGAUUGAUACAUCUGAACUGUCGGAGUAUCUGGUGACAGCUAUGACUGAACUGCAGAAGGAACUUGCCAAGGAACGUAGCCUCCGAAUGUCCUUUCAGUGCAAAUUCCAUAAGAUACAGCAGGAAAACCAAGAGCUGACCACAAAAAAUAAGGAGCUGACGAAAAUUGAAACAGAGUACCAUUGCCUGCAGAAAGACUUCACUGCCCGCUACCGUGACGUGGUGCUACUCAAAGAGGAGCAGUAUCAGCUGUCUAUGCGAUAUACUAGCGCCCUCCAGGAAAAAGACUUGGCUAUUAUGAGGUGUCGGGAUCUGCAAGAUGAGCUUUACAAAAUGAAGAUGGAACUGACAAUUCUUUCUGCUGAAUCGGAUCUUGAAAGAAGAAGGUCUUACCAACUGACUUUAGACAUGAAACCCAAAGCAGAUGAGGUUCAGCAACUGAAGGAAGAGAACAAAUUUCUAGCUCGUAAAAUCCUCGAAGUCAAAAGUGACAUCCUGGAGCAUGACCUGGGAGAAGCUAUAUCAGACAAGCAGGAGUUAAUCAAGCGAAUACACUCACUGAGGGAAAAAGCUGAUGAAGCUGAGUGCCAGAGAAAUGAAUACUUCAAAGAAAAGGAGAACCUGCUCAUAAAAUGUCAGCAGCUGCAGCUGGACUGCAACCGGUACAAGGAGAAAAACAGUGCAUUCCAAAUCCAGAUAUGUGCCCUGCAGAAUGAACGUGACAUGGCAUUAAGUGCAAGGGAUGAGGCUCAGAAGCAGAGUGCCUUAAGUAUGAGUGAAAAGGACGCCCUACGCCAAGAGAUUAUCACAUUGACAGAUAAGACCCAUGAGCUUCAGGCAACAAUCAGCAAAUUGGAAACAGAACUGAAAAUCAGGGUAAAUGGGGAGAGUUCAAAAUCUGAGAAAAUGAAAGAAAAACCAAGACUGACCAGAAUGGAUGCUGUGUCACCGGACUGGACACAUAACAGUAACAGCUCAGGUUCAACUUUCCAGUCUGAGAGGGGAAGUGAUAGUUUUGAAAUAGUGAACAGCUUCCGAUCGUGCACUGCAGAGCCACCAAGCAGGAAGUCACUGUAUAUGCGUUCGAUAGAAGAUUGCCCUGAAAUAAUCUCAUAUAGUGGUAACCAAGAAUUUAAUGAACAUGAUUCGUUCACAUCACAGAGUGACCUUGACAAUAAUGACACAGACUGUGACGCUUCAAUUGAAGAUUUUGUUACCUUGAGCCCUGGCUGUUCUGCUGAAGCUGACGGUCGAGAAAAGAGCGCAUUCAUUUUCCCAAGAGGUCGUCGAGUUGCAAGGCGUAUUUCAAGUCGGGUCACUACCAUUGCCUUUCAAGGAGAUGCCCUUUUGGAACAGAUUUCAAUAAUCGGUGGCAACGAGUCAGGGAUCUACAUUCAUAAGGUGACACCAGGAAGUGCAGCAGAUGAUCUCUCCUUAAUGCCAGGGACACAGAUCAUGCAUGUGGAAUAUGACGAACUGGAUAAGAGGUCCAGUGCUAUUCUGGAGCAGGCUACUUUGGAGGAAGCUACCUGGAACCUGAAUCAAGUGAAAGGAUGCUGCUGUCUGUCUCUACGUGCAAACCAUGAAGGUUACCAAAGGCUUCUGAAGAAACUGGACAACAAACAGGCGACAUCUGGUGACUCUUUUUACAUCCGGGUGAACAUGGCAAUGAACAAAGAGAUGGGAGUAGGACUGACUGUCCAGUGCAAUGAGAUUCUUCACAUCACAGACACACUUUACCAGGGACAAAAUGUGUGGUAUGCUUUCCAAGUGGACCACUGUAGCAUGAAAGAUCUCUAUGGUGGCAUAGUGCCCAACUACAAUGAGGCACAGAAGCUACUAAUCAACGUCAUACAAGACAUGACCAAGCAGAAACUGUCUUUCAGAAAGGUAAACAUGCCCUUGACUGUACAGAGGUCUCUAACUGAACAGUGUGUCCGGAUAGUAAGCACAGACAAGAGCAAUAUCAAUCCUCUGUGGACGUCGUUGGAUGGAGAAGUUAGUGUACAGGACAGAACAAAUGAGAAAAUUGUCAAAGCUGUCAAUAAUAUCAGUUGCAUAUCACUAAUGCCCUAUACACUCGUGAAGCCACACAAGCCUCCGUCACGACGACCUGUACUAUUAUUGCCUAGUCUGUAUGUGAAGAUCCUUAACGACAAGUUUAACACCCUCAAGAACUUCUGGAAACCAGAAAGAGAAAUCCUGAAUGAAACUGAAUAUGAAUCGCAGAAACAGAGUGGAAACAUUCUAGAUGUGAAAGCAAGUCCAACUUUAUUCUAUUGUCUUACACGGAAGGGAAUAGAUUCGGCUUUAAUACAGGAUGCACACUGUCUCCUGGAGAUGGACAUAGGUUCCAUAAAGCAGCUACACAGGGAAGAGAUCUAUCCCAUUGUCAUUUACAUCUCAACCAGUGAAAAGAAUACAAAGAAAAUCAAGAAAAAUUUUCAGCACUUGCAAAUUUCUGAAGAAAUGCUUCUGGAAUGCUGUCAAAGAGAGGAAGCGAUGUUAGACAAUCUACCAUGUCUUGUUAACACCAUCCCUGCAGACAGCUGGACUGGUAUUGAUAGUUUAAUGACCUGCAUUACAAAUACUGUACGUGAAGAGCAGAAAAAAAUUGUGUGGAUUGAACAUUCUCCCCACUAACAGAUUUAUUUCAUUUUAAUUUAUUUAUAAUAACUGUCUUGCAAAAGGUUUUGUUCCACAGUGGACAUCUUUUUUUUAUUGACCCUGGGUCAUGUUUCCUUUAAAAGGAAAUCAACUUGUUGGUGUGUCCUGUUCUAACACUGCUAAAAAAAUCAAAAGCAAACAAACAGAAAGAGCAUUUCUUGUGGACAGUAUAUAUAGGAAGUAGGGAAGGAGGUGUGAAACACUUAAAGAGAGAAAGGGAGAAAAAAAUUGCAGUGUGUGCGUUCAAAAUUUCUGUGCCUUAUAAUCACAUCACUUUUUCCACUUGACUAGAGGACAAAGGCAUUGUUACCAGACAGGAGCAUAUACUGCAUGUUACUUGUUUGAAGAAACUAGGAGUAAUUAAACUUUAAGCUUCAUGAUUCUAAAUAAAGGUUCAGCACAGGUAGCCUGGUAGCCGAGCGAGAUAAAGCCCUAAGUAUACUACAGUCUACCUGGGCUCAAACAGGGGCUCUGGUGACUAACAGCAUGGCAGCAAAGGAUGAGCAUGCCCAUCCCAGCAGGGAGGACAUUUAUUUCUGACCUUCCCUUAGGAGAGGCAUGGUUCAAAGAGGGGAGUUGACCUCAAACAUAAACAAUGAGAAUAGAAGAUGGGACAUGGAGGUGGGUACGGCAUAUGAACUUCCCCCAGGAUGGAAACAGAACAACUGAGCCCUCAUGACACCCUUAAGAUCCACAACUGGCUCCAGCUAUACAGAAAGUCCAGAGGGGGGUAGAAUCAAGCUGGUGGACUUGGCUUGGAAGUUAGGCACUAGGGCUCAGGCCGGUAAAAUUAUUUCCCAAACAGGGUCAAAACAAAUAAAAAUAAAUUCCCCCACUUGACAGCAGGUCCUGAGAGGGAGAGACAGACUGCCAGGAUCUCCUACUUCUAGACUGGGCUAACUACCAGUCACCUAUAUCAUCACAUAUGGCAGAACUGUAGCCAAGUAAAAGACACUAGCAUACAUGUUUAAACUACAGGAUUUCUGGUGUUCUGGGUUGAGUCAUGAACAGUCUGAUAAUUUUCUUACCCAGUGCUUGCUGUCCCUAGUAAGGCUGGUUCACAUGUGUUAAAUGGGGGAAGGGAACCACCAUAUACCGUUUCAGCGAGGAUGUAAUUGACAGUCAUUCAGAUGGGAAUAUGAGGAGAUUUUAAACUCUUUGUUUGUCCAAUUGACAACAGCACAAAUAAAUUAUUGUUGAAAGUUGCUUUCAGCAAACAUUCAAUGUUGCCCUUUCUCCACUGUGGUGCGGCCCUAGAGUUGGUAUAUAUAAGUUGGGGGGGGGUGAGGUCCCCCCCCCCAUGAAGCAGGCAGGAAGGCUUGCCCCAUGCAAAAAUACUUGAUAUGUUGUCCGCUGAAAGUGGCUUUCAGCCUUUUUUAUGUCUAUCAUAUAAAAACUAUUUGACUGAUAAUCAUGAAUUCAGACUAUUUCGUCUGAUCUUUUGGGCACUUUUCAGGAUACAUAAACCCAUGGCUAGAAGUUUAACGGAGGUCAAAAAUUCUUAGAUAUACUUACUGUAGCAAGGGAUUGAUUACUACUGUGGUAAUAUGUUCCUCUUUUAUUAGAAUAGGAAUCAGAGCCAAGUAACAAUGCAUGCAUUUAGGGCUGUAUUUAAGUAUGUAUUUUUCUGUCAUCGUGUGAAUUAUUGAUACAGUGAACAGGGUUAGUGUAACUCCAUUUUUGGAGUAAAUUAUGUUCAGCUUUAAACUUUAAAGGGGCAUCUAAGCUGUUUUCCUUCCGUAAGUGUAUACAAAUUCCACUUUACUAUCUUUAUUAUAAUUUAUGCACUCUAAUUUCUGAGUUGUGAACAAACCAUUUUGAUUUCCAGCUGAAAUGGCCUUGAAAUAGUGGCAUGUGUAAAUAAGAUAGACCCUCAGCUGAAAUAUUUAUUAUUAAGUCAAGACUGUAGCUGAUUGAACUAAACUAUUUCUGAGCUUUUCUCAUUUUGCUUAAGGGCUGUAUUUUGUAUAUCUGGCCUCGAAAAAUGUAAUAGCUUCUACUCUAUUCCUUAAGCUGUUUUAUUAGAAAAUUACAAGAAACUAUGCAGAGGUGAUGUGGAGACUGAUCAGUUACACUAUAAGUACAACCUGAUCUAGUUUGUAUUCAAAAUACAUUUUGUAACAUAUUAUUUUCAGUAUUUUCACUGUAACAGGAAUUCUUAUUUUGUUUAAAAUACUGUUUCCUAACAAAAACCUCAACCUGUGCAUUUAGCAAGUUAAACAGAUAUCCUCAUGUUCUUCUGUUUUUAUUCUUCUUUUGAAUAAUUUAUGAAUCAGUGUAUUAAAGCCAUUUCUUUCUCCCAGUUGUUUAAGAAGUGUUUAUCUGGGAAUGUAUUGUUGCAACAGACUGCUGACUUCAUAGCAAUAACUGGAGUGAUGCAAUGUUACAAGUUCUGUUUGGUGGGAUUACCACAAUGCACCAUUCCAAGAAACUUUAUUUAGCUUUACUAGAAUAAUAACCAGGAAUGGAAACCAGACCAUAGGUCCAGUAUAAUGGUUCUAUACUAGAAGGAAAUUAAAAGAAAAACUGAGGAAGGUUUAUAUUUCUUUGCCAAAAAAAACAAAACAAUUUUUGCUAAAAACUGAAUACCACUGUUUUGAACAAAGUCCCUAAUGUACAUUCAUAACAGUACUGUUAGAUGCUUAUGAAAGUUUUUGUGCAGGCACUUACAUAUUUUAAAAUACUAAAGUAUUAAUUUUAUUAUAUUUUUGUACUGUAAUGUAAUUUAUAUUAUUAAAGUUAAUAUAAACUGUCAUUAUUU